GUGUGUCCACGGCUGAAGGCUGUCCCUGCUGAGUGGACCGUGACGCCGCUGCUUGCCGGUCUCGGCUGGAGGGGAACUUGACGGCGGACCCGGGUGUGGCUUCAAAACCUGACAAAUUCGCGAAAGAAUGCCACAAAGGACAUUUGGACAUAUUUUGUCAAAGAUCGUUAAGUGAGAGAGUGUGGAUUCCGCUUUGACUUAACCACAUUAUCUUUUUUUAAAGCCUGAAGACUUUUUUCCCCCUUUUUUUGUUUUUUUCCACCCUACACGAAACGUCUUUUUUGCCAGUUUAUCAUGCGUUGAAGGAUUUUGGUAAAAGUAAACCAUCAGAAAGUUGUUCGACUUGCCAAGAGGCACUCAUGCCGCUUGAGUGACCGAACAAGUCGCUUAUUUUCACGGGAAAAUCAAGUCUUUUGGAGGGGGGUUCACUCCGGACUCACCGGGGAAAAAACAGGGAGUCCGUUUACCCAACUUUUGAUUUUUUUUGUCCUUACAAGGGCUUCGAACCUUGUAUUUUUUACUUCUUAGGUAAUUUUUACCACUUAAACAGCAGUCCUGAAGCGAGCGCUAGGAACCAUGGGCUGCACCGUGAGCCAGGAGGAUAAAGCCGCGGCCGAGAGGUCCAAAAUGAUCGAUAAGAACCUGCGAGAAGAUGGCGAGAAGGCAGCCAGAGAAGUGAAACUGCUGCUGCUUGGUGCUGGGGAGUCCGGGAAGAGCACCAUUGUGAAGCAGAUGAAGAUUAUCCACGAGGACGGCUACUCAGAAGACGAGUGCAAGCAGUACAGAGCGGUGGUGUACAGCAACACCAUCCAGUCCAUCAUGGCCAUCAUCAAAGCCAUGGCCAACCUCAAGAUUGACUACGAGGAGCCCAGCAGGGCGGAUGACGCCCGCCAACUGUUUGCGCUUUCCGCGGCGGCCGAGGAGCAAGGCGUCCUGCCGGAGGACCUGUCCAACGUCAUCCAGCGACUGUGGGGCGACGGCGGCGUCCAGAGCUGCUUCACGCGGGCCCGAGAGUAUCAGCUCAAUGACUCUGCUGCCUACUAUUUGAACGACUUGGAGAGGAUAGCCAAGCCCGACUACAUCCCCACGCAGCAGGACGUGCUGCGAACCCGGGUCAAGACCACGGGCAUCGUGGAAACACACUUCACCUUCAAAGACCUGCACUUCAAGAUGUUUGACGUGGGAGGCCAGCGCUCCGAAAGGAAGAAGUGGAUUCACUGUUUUGAGGGCGUCACAGCCAUCAUCUUCUGUGUGGCCAUGAGUGCGUACGACUUGGUCCUGGCUGAAGAUGAGGAGAUGAACCGGAUGCACGAGAGCAUGAAGCUGUUUGACUCCAUUUGCAACAACAAGUGGUUCACUGAGACGUCCAUCAUCUUGUUCCUCAACAAGAAGGACCUUUUCCAGGAGAAGAUCACCCACAGUCGGCUCACCAUCUGCUUCCCCGAGUACACUGGCCCUGACAAGUACGAGGAGGCGCAGGCGUACAUCCAGACCAAGUUCGAGGACCUGAACAAGAAGAAGGACACCAAGGAGAUCUACACCCACUUCACGUGCGCCACCGACACCAAGAACGUGCAGUUUGUGUUUGACGCCGUCACCGACGUCAUCAUCAAGAACAACCUGAAGGACUGCGGCCUCUUCUAGGCAGGCAGCUGUGGACCACAUUGGGACCGGCCGUCGUCUUUCUUUCUCUCCGAACAAGAAAAAGAGGCUGCAGACGACGUCCUCACUCGUAACUCUUUCACCACAUUUCUCAUUAUUGUCCUCCAGUUCUGUUUUCUUUCCAAACAUUUAGAGGAGACCACGACGCUUUCUUUCCACUUUUAAUCACGUGGAGCUUAUUUUUUUAAAGAUAUGAUUCAUGUUGGGACAAAAAAAAAAAAAAAAGAGCUUUUAUUGUUCAUGUCGGUCAUCACGAUGUUUACACGGGACGCUCGUCCAUUGCCAGAUCUUGCAUUGUCGCAUGACUCCCCCGUUAACGCUCAUCACUAGUCUGCACCAAUCAGCUAACUUUCCUAUUCAAGACAAAAAAGGCUUCACACGCAGCCAAAAAAAAACCUCGGCCAGCUUCUUACUGAUGUUUCAACUUGUGUAGCUAACCUAACCUUCUAUCAGGUUUUAUACCCUGUUUCAGUGUGUGCGUGCGUGUGUGUGUGUGUGUGUCUGAGUGUGUGAGUGCACUUGCCUUGACUUCUGUUUACAACUUUUUUUCUCCCAUUUUCUGCCUUGCAUCUAUGAGUAUAUUUAGUGAUUAUUAAAAAAAUCUAAUUCCCCAAAAUGUUAGUUUUUUUUUUCUUUUUUUUUUUUUUGGUAAAUAUUAAAAGUGCUUCAAAGUCAUAUGAUUUAAUUUAAAUAAAAGUAGCCAUCACUUCA